GUACAAGCAAGUCCUCAAGCGUCACAGGUAUCGCACCUUUUCUGCCUGGAACACAGAGGGAUCAGUCUAGAAAAACCACAACGGAUGAUAUUCUCCCUGGUCUCAGAGGACAUAACAGGGAUGUUAAGAUGCCGAAACUUUUAUUUUCUAAAAUGCGAUUCUAUGACAUCAUGGACCUAAUGCAAAAUGUGAAGCGGCCCAGGCGGAUUGACAUCGUGCUCAAUCGAAAACGGCACAAGAACGAUAUCGAGUGCAUCAUGGUUCGUAAAACAAAUGAGCCCUAUCCUACAAAAUACAGCUUGCAGCCUGGUCAUAAAAUCCAUCAAUCUUUGGAAAAACUACUCCGGGAUAAAAAAUAUUUAGCAGCAUUUCGUGCCUUUCUGCAGUCUGAGUUUAGCGAGGAAAACAUUGAGUUCUGGCUGGCGUGUGAAGACUUCAGGGUGACCGUCUCACCGGAUGACCUCCGCUGGAAAGCAGAGAAGAUCUACCAGGAGUUCAUCCAGCCGACGGCGUGCAGCGAGGUCAAUGUGGACCACCAUAUAAAAGAAAAAAUCAAGAAAUCUCUGGAGAAGCCGAGCCUCUCCUGCUUCGAUGAAGCACAGAAACAUGUUUACCUGCUCAUGGAAAGAGACUCUUGCCCCAGAUUCCUUCAGUCAGAUGCCUACUUGAGCCUAAAGCACAAAUCUAGGACUCUCUGGUACAUUUAGCUGAGAAACAGAGCUGUUAAAACACUGCAUCAACAGUUUUUUGUUUUUUUUUCAUCUUUUCAACUCUCGCUUUGUUUUAUUUCUCACCAUGUAAGAGAUCAAACCUGUCAUUGGUUCUUGCACUUGAUGUAUUACCAAACUGCUUUUUCAACCAUCUGCAACAUCAAAUCUGUUUUAAUUAGAAUGGUAACAUAAUGAGGUGAUGAAAUGUUUUGCUAACAAAUAAAACUGGAGGAAUUGUGAAAGAAAUGUGAAGUCAAUAGAGAAAGAAAACCGUCUGAAGAAGAAAACAGUACUGUUUGAAGAGAAGAAAAUAUCCUGUAUUUGGGAUACGAAGAGUGUAAAGUUAUGUUUGAAACAGUGUUAAGUGGAAGUUUGAAUGUUAAAGUGCAGUGUGAAGAGUCAUGAAAUAAACGAUUACUGAUACUCAAAGUGACA